GCCUCCGGAUCUUAAGAAGUGAGUUAUUCUUUCCCUCUCCCUUCGAUCUAUUUGUCCAUUUUUCCCUGGAAUUGAUUUGAAUGUACUCAUUCUUUUUUUUUUGCCCCUUUCUUUUUUGUCUUUUCUGUUUGAUUCUCGAACUGGAUGACAGGUACAUGGACAAGAAGCUUCAGAUCAAGCUGAACGCUAACCGGGUUGUAGUUGGUACUCUUCGUGGAUUUGACCAAUUUAUGAAUCUGGUGGUUGACAAUACUGUAGAGGUUAUCGGCAAUGAGAAGAAUGAUAUUGGAAUGGUGGUCAUCAGGGGGAACAGUGUAGUCAUGAUUGAAGCUCUCGAGCCAGUUGGCAGAACUUGAUAACUGUCCAUUGCUCGUGGAAUCAUGUUUGGACCAAAAGGCUGUGAAAUAUAUGGUUUUAUGUAGACUGUUCUGGUCUCUCUCUCUUUUUUUUUUUCCUUGAUACUUUAUGCAAAAAUAACAAAUUUUAUUCACCAUUAUGGAAAGAUGAUUGGACUUGAUUUCCAUCA